AUGAAAUCAAACAUAUUUCGUUAUUUGUGUACCAAUGUACUUCCAUAUAUAUCAUGUCAUAUGGAAUCAUUGAAGAUAGAUGCUGAUUUUGUUGGCAGUCGUAUUGUUUAUGACCUACCAUCUACUAUUUUCUCUAAUAUAACUUCAUUACAUUUAGAAUCCUUAAAGGGCGACGAUCUCGCAUAUGUUCUUGAACAAACAACUCAAUUGAAUCAUUUAACAUUAAACAAUGUCAAUGAUACAAACAUUAAACGUGUGUUUGAGAAAUAUUUGCAUCGUCUUCAAUCAUUCAUAUGUGAUAGUUCUCUUCCAACACAAAUGACAUUCCCUGUUGAUCCUUAUAUAUUAUCAACUUUUUCCGUUGUUCUAUAUCAAUUGUCUGAUUUACUAGUGUUUAUUGUACAUAUACCUCAAUUGAAGCAUCUCAAAUUAUAUAUGUUUGAGAAUUAUACUGUUGAUGAAGCAGAACGUCUAUGA